UUAAACAUUCUCUAAAAAAAACAAAACAAAACAAGUAUGUUGCUGUUCCAAACUUUUCACAGUUUCCUUGAUCUUCUCAGUUUUUUUUUCUCGCAGAGUUCAAAUGACUCGAGCCACGGGGUUUUCAUUCAUCCUCUUUAAUCAGCUGCAGCUCCACUAUCAUUUGCUCGGGGAUUGUCUGAAAUUUACGCUCGGCUUCUUCACUCGCACUCUUUAUUCACUUUUUCAUUAUGCUUCAUGUAACAUCCACAUUUAAUCAACCCGGUGGUGACAUGACACGCAAACAACCUUUCUUGCAGCUUUUAUCUGUCAUAUUUUAUUGGUGCAUUUAUUAGCGUCCCUGAGCCCCUCCCUCUUUCCGGGUUAUUUUUUCCCUCUCCCUCUCAAUAAGCCACUGUGACUCAGAGCGUGUUCUUGACCUCUUCAUACGCUCCGGUUAACCAUGUGGCGAAGUAUCUCUGAGUGGAGAGAUGUUUUCAAGCUGAAAGUGUCCACAGAUGUCGGAGCGGUCAUGCGUAAAAGUGGAACGGCACGGAAGACAAAUGUCCACUCUUGUUGUUUCUUCUGACAUCGGUUCUUGGUGAACCGGGUUGCGACGCGUUCAGCUGAGCGGCACCUGGACCAAGAAUGAUUACAACAUGUUCAUGUGUGAGGCUAAGAAGAAGGCAGUUACUGUCACACCUGUCACGCCUGUCACGCCUGUCAUGCCUGUCAUGCCUGGUACUGCUGACUCUGUGCGUCCUGCUCUUCUUUAAGUACAGCUACAUCAUCGAAUCUCUACCUCCUCUGGCAGCUUUAGAUGACAUCCAGAUGUUUCAGAAGUACAACAUCAGCUGCUCAGACAUAUAUGACAUGGACCCGGUGGAGGUGGGUAAAUCUCUGAUCAUCCGCAGGAAACAAGUUGUGGAGGAUGCGGAUGAAAGUCUUGUUAACGUCACGUCGAACUGCCCAUUAUUCAUCAAGUCCAGAGGUUAUGAUGACGUGUGCGUCUCAGAGGAGGAGAGAGACUUCCCUCUCGCUUACUCUAUGGUUGUGCAUAAAUCUGCAUGGAUGGUGGAGAGACUCCUCAAAGUGCUGUACUCACCGGGCAACAUCUACUGUGUUCACUACGAUCAGAAGUCCUCCGCUCAGUUCAUUGCAGCCAUUGAGGGUUUGGCCCGCUGUUUGCCCAAUGUCUUCAUCGCUUCCAAGCGAGAGUCCGUCUACUAUGCGAGCAUCAGUCGACUGAAGGCUGACCUCAACUGUCUGUCCGACCUUUUGGGGUCACAGGUCAAGUGGAAGUAUGUCAUCAACCUCUGCGGCCAAGAUUUCCCCCUCAGGUCCAAUAAGGAGCUGGUGUCAGAGCUGAAGAAGUUGAAUGGUGCAAACAUGCUGGAGUCAAGCCGACCCAGCGAGCAGAAGAAGAAGAGGUUCACCUUCCGCCACGAGCUGAGAGACGCCAGCUUUGAGUAUAAAAAACUGCCCGUGAAAACAGAGCAGAUGAAAACGCCGCCGCCUCAUGGUAUCGAGAUCUUCUCUGGCAAUGCCUAUUUUGUCUUGUCACGGGACUUUGUUGUGCACAUGGACUCCUCAGCUGUGGUGAAGGAUUUUCUAGCCUGGUCAGAGGACACCUACUCUCCCGAUGAGCACUUCUGGGCCACGCUGGUGCGGCUGCCAGGUGUACCCGGGGAGGUGCCCAGAUCCCAGCCCGAUGUCACUGACCUGAAGAGUAAGACCAGGCUGGUGAAGUGGCAUUACCUGGAGGAGAGCCUGUACCCGCCCUGCUCAGGGCAACAUGUUCGCAGCGUUUGUAUUUAUGGCGCCGCAGAAAUGCGUUGGUUACUCAACUACGGUCACUGGUUCGCCAAUAAGUUCGACCCCAAAGUCGACCCCAUCAUCAUUCAGUGCCUGGAGGAGAAGCUGGAGGAGAAUCAAAAGUCAUUCCAAUCAGCAGCAUGUCGUAAGGGUAAACCAACGUAGAGACGAUGUGGAUAGUCAAUUAAUCAUUUAAGUUAUUUUUCCAGGAAAAAACAUCUUCAAUGUGAAAACUUGCUGCUUUUUUCUUGUCUUACAUUCUGGGAAAUUGAUUCUCUAUGAAGUUUGUACUGCUGGUCGAGCAAAACAAAGAUAUCUGAUGAUGUUAUCUUGGGCUCUAAGGGAAGUUUUCAGAGUUUUCUGGUGAUUUAUAACCAAAUAAUUAAUUUAUAAUGAAAAUAAUCAUCAGUUUCAGCUCUACCACAGUGCUGUGUUUAUUAGAGAGAGAUUCUUUCUCACGGACGUUCAUCUUCACUUCAGCCAGUUUCAAACACACUAACACCUGACACCAUUAAAGGACCAGUGGUGUGUGUGUCCACGCAGGUAGUUUUGCUUUUAUAUGGUCCAGGCUUUGAGAUAUUUGCCUCUUAGAUUACUUCCACCAGCAAGUCAGUGAAAGUGAAAGGAAAUGUUAGUGGUCACAGCAAAUUACAAAUAUGUUUUUUUGUAAUUAGGGUGAAUGACUAAAAAGGUUAGGUAAUAAGAUUGUAAUCAGUGGUUAUGUUUGAGACUGAACUCCUUCUGGUGUAUGUGGAAAGAUUUUAAUCAUAAGAGUUUCAAAAUCUGUCAGUGUCAUUUAGAGGUGGUUUCAAAAUACACAACCUUCUGAACUAAUGAUUAAAUGUGACUUUAAAUAAAACUGGUGGUUUGCA